AUGCAGGCACUGACUCCAUUGAUCGUGACGCUGAGCCUGGUAUCGGGCGCGCAGCUGAAGCUGCUGCCGUACGCGUACCUGGCGAGCCCGUUUCCGGUGUACCAUCAGUACCAGAACACGAGGACGGGCGAGCACGCUUACAGUUACGCCGGUGGCCCGUCGGCCAAGGAGGAGAUCAAAGACGCCGACGGUGUGACCCGGGGCUCAUACAGCUACGUGGACGCGAACGGGAUCCUCCAAUCUGUGUUCUACGUCGCGGACGAGAACGGCUUCCGCGUCGCGGCGACGGACCUGCCCUCCGAUGGCAAUCUGAAUCUCGAGGCGAGCCACGUCCUCCUCGCCAGGAGCGUGGACGCAAAUCGCGAGAGCUCCAGUCGCAGGAAACGCAGCGUCUCGGAUUCCCCAGCCAGGUCUAACCAGGACGAGAAGCUCGAACGCGGUGUCACCGUGGACGCUCUGCCACUGAUCCCGUCGUCGAACGUGUUCCUCGCCGGCGGCGUACCACUGGCUAGCUCCAGCCAGAGUCAAGUCCAGAUCCACAGGAACGCGCAGAUCCAGCUGCCGACCAACCUGGCGAUCCAGGACCAGCAGAUCAACGUCCUGAAGUCGGUCCCCGUCCUCACCACUCUGCCCUCCUAUCACGAGAACCGCAUCGAGCUGCACAAACAGCUGGGCAUAGAGGGUCUCAGGCUGAAGGACGCGGUGAAGAUCGACCAGGAGCCGGCUACGAUCGUCCAGUCUCCUGGAGCCAUUCCCUUGGUCCCUGUCCUCGCUAAGCAAGUCCCGAUCCUCUCCAACCUGGUACCAGCGUCGCUGGGAUCAGCUUCGGUGACCACCUCCGUCUCCAGCCACGGUAUCGAUCAGAUCCAUCCGUCCAAGGUCCUCCAGGAGUCUCUGAUCAUCCCCAGCGUCCUCGCCAAGGAAGCAGCGCCCGUGGCUGUCGAGAAGAAAACAGUAGUGGCGCCCGUUGCCGUGAAGGAGGCCCUACCGAUCGUCAGGGAAGCUGUGCCAGUCAGUUUGGGCACAGCCACCUCGUCCGCAUCGAUCACCAGCUACGGGGUCAGUCAAAUCCACGGGGACUCCAGGGUGAACGUCGAGCCAACGCUCCUAGUCAAAGCUACCCCUAUCGCCCAUCUGCAACCGCUGCUCCAUUAUCCGUUGUAUCUUCAUUAA